AUAGGUUUUACGUGCGCGCUACGAAUUAUGGUUUAUUGAUGCGUUGUAUGACUGAGAACUUCUAAAUCCUUUUGUCUGGCCUGAGAGCCAAUUGACAUCCGUCCGCGACCCCUGAAUCUAAUCCAGACCGACAUCAUGGCCUCAGCGGUUUUCUUCCUCGAUCUGAAGGGCAAGACCCUUCUCGCCCGAAAUUAUCGCGGUGAUAUUCCCAUGUCGGCUGUCGAGAAAUUCCCCAUACUCCUUAGCGAAGCCGAAGAAGAGUCCUCCGCCGUACCACCAUGUUUCUCUCACGAAGGCAUCAACUACUUGUAUAUCCGACACAACAACCUCUAUCUCCUUGCUCUAACAAAGCGAAACACGAACGCCGCCGAGAUCCUCCUAUUCUUACAUAAAGUAGUCGAAGUGUUCACCGAGUAUUUCAAAGCGCUAGAGGAAGAAUCGAUUCGCGACAACUUUGUCAUCAUAUACGAAUUACUGGACGAGAUGAUGGACUUCGGCUACCCCCAAACAACCGAGUCCAAGAUUCUACAAGAGUACAUCACCCAGGAAUCCCACAAGCUAGAAGUACAGGCCCGGCCACCUAUCGCGGUCACAAAUGCUGUCUCGUGGCGGUCCGAAGGCAUAAGGUACAGGAAGAACGAAGUAUUUUUGGACGUCGUCGAAAGCUUGAAUUUGCUAGUCUCGUCGAACGGAAACGUGUUAAGGUCUGAGAUCCUGGGUGCGAUCAAGAUGAAGUGCUAUUUAUCCGGCAUGCCAGAAUUGCGACUUGGGUUGAAUGACAAGGUCAUGUUCGAAACGACUGGGAGGACAACAAGAGGCAAGGCUAUCGAGAUGGAGGAUGUCAAGUUCCACCAAUGUGUUCGAUUAUCACGCUUCGAAAACGACCGUACCAUCUCCUUCAUCCCACCAGAUGGCGAAUUUGAGUUGAUGAGCUAUCGGUUGAACACGCAAGUCAAACCCCUGAUUUGGGUCGAGUGCGUGGUCGAAAGCCACUCGGGGUCGCGAAUCGAGUACAUGCUCAAGGCGAAGGCGCAAUUCAAGAGGCGGAGCACUGCUAACAACGUCGAAAUCAUUGUUCCGGUGCCGGAUGACGCCGACUCGCCGCGGUUCCGAACGAAUAUUGGCAGUGUCCACUACGCCCCUGAACAGAGUGCUAUCGUAUGGAAGAUCAAGCAAUUUGGUGGCAGCAAGGAAUUCCUCAUGCGAGCUGAGCUGGGGCUCCCUAGCGUAAGAGGUGACGACGAACAUGGUGGAGGUAUGACUGGUGGAUUUGGCGGAAGUAUGGGCGGUGUCAAUGCAGGCAAGGGCGCUAAGAGACCCAUUCAAGUGAAGUUUGAGAUUCCCUAUUUCACAACUAGCGGUAUUCAAGUGCGAUAUUUGAAGAUCACAGAACCUAAGUUGCAAUACCCAUCAUUGCCUUGGGUCAGGUACAUCACUCAGUCAGGAGACAUAGCGGUACGAUUACCAGACGCUGUAUGAGAGGUCAGUGUUGACCUGUAAUGUUCAACGAAAAUGUCACUUUUCGAUAGGCCUAGAGAAAAGUCUCAGUUAGAGUUGAUAAGUCACAACUGAUCCGUGGCAACGCCGGGCAUGAAUAUCAAACGAAUUUCCGAAUCCACGUCGUCCGUAUACCCUAGUUUAAUUUAUGUUCUUUCAUCAGAUUCAGCUGUGUUCUACAACGGGACCCCAAAGUUGGGAU